AUGUUGUUUUAUUUAUUUAUUAUUCUUUGUAACAUAUUUUUAAAUCAAGCAGCUAUUCUUCAAUGUGAUUUUGAAACAGCUUGUAAUGAUUUCAACACGGAUUCUAAUUGGGGUUUAACUGAUGGUGCUCAUCCUCAAUCUAUGAAUCAUGACCAUACAUUAAAUACAAGCUUAGGUCAUUAUAUUUUCUAUGAUCCAUCAAGUGGUUCACCAUUUAAAAUAGCUGAAAUUAAAACAAAUGAUUGGUUAAGCUUAUCAACUGAUCGAGCUGUAUGUUUUCAAAUGUGGUAUUAUACUCCUCGUAUAAGCCUUGCAUUUAACAUUCAACUUGUACAAGGUGAUGAUGAACAAUUAACACGCGUUGCAGCUUCAAUUCCAGGAAAAGAUCCUUCAAGUAAUGAUUGGGCUUUAAUUAACAUAGUAUUACCAAGUGAAAAGUUUAAAAUAUUUAUUCGAUUAAAUAACACAGGUCGACCUUUGGUAUUUGAUGAUAUGUCUGUUGAUUAUUGUGAUGAACCACAUCCUACACCUACGAAAAUUUUAUAUGAAUGUGAUUUUGAAUCAUCUUGUUCAGAAGAUUUCAUUUCGUUACCUGUAUAUCCAUAUCAAUGGUCAAUUUUAAAAGCAAGUGAUGCUAUUAAAAUAGAAAAACAAGCUCCAUCUGUUGAUUAUACAUUCGGUAAUCAAUCAGGUCAUUAUGCAUUAUUACCUAUUUCAAAAGUAGUUGGUGCAGGCAAUGUUGGCUAUCUUCAUUUGCAAACAGAAUUGAAUAUUACUACGGAAGAAUCAUACUGUUUAAAUUUUCAAUAUUAUGGUUACGGACAAUCAUUUUAUAGCAAUUUAAAAGUAUAUCUACGAAUGUCAGAUGAAUCUGAAGCAGUUCAAGUGAUAUGGCCCAGUAAACCAUCUCAAUAUUCGACUUGGGGUAUUACCAAUUUACCUGUUGGACAAUACUCACUUCUCUUUCGCAUGGACACAUCCGAUAAUACUCAACUCUCGUUUGCUCUUGAUAAUAUUUCUAUUACAUCAUGUGCUUAUCCACCAUAUGAACCUAGUCCAUAUUAUUCAAUUCUUUCCUUUUCAUGCAAUUUUGAUAAUUUGACUAUGUGUGAUAUGACUAAUGGAGAUACAAUUAGUCCACCUCCUACAUUUAAUUUUACUGUCAUGACUGGUGAGACAAUACCUAAUCGUGAACUUGGUCCAACUCGAGAUCAUACAAGUAAUUCAACAACAGGUGGUUUCCUUUAUUGGAAUCAACAAUUGCCAUUUACUAGUAAAGAUGUUGGUAGAGUACAUCCAUCAACAACAAUUGAACAAAAUUCUGGUAUGUGUAUUAAAUUUGCUUAUUAUGUCAAAUCUUUGGCAGUGAAUAAGAAUGGAACAAGAGUGUCGAUAUCAGCUGGUGGAUGUUAUGGAGCAUAUUUAUGGAUGCAAGCACUCGAUGAUAGUCAGGGAUGGCAAACAGUUAUUAUACCUGUAUUAAAAUUUGCGUGUGGUGAAACAUUCUAUUUUGAUGUUUAUCAAUCUCUACCGAUAGCGGUAUCUGUUGCUUUUGAUGACAUCGAAAUUGAUCAAUGUAGUUAUCUCAUUCCUACCACAACAACCUCUACAACAACAACUACUACUACUAGUACUACUACUACCACUACUAAAACUACAACAACAUCGCUUACUAGUAGUUCACCAACAACACAGUCUUCAAUGUCUAGUACUGUUUCAACAACAACAUCUAUGUCUACCACAACGUCAUCAAGCAAUGCUUAUCGACUAUCGUCUUUAAACACAUACAGUUUAAUAAUUAUUUAUUUUCUUUCUCAAAUUUUUCGAAAUUUGUUUUAA